UAUUUCGGUGAGGAAGCAGUCACCGAAGGCGAAGCUGUGUGAUGGAGAAGCAGGUGAGGCGGAGCUGUAUUACUAUUGGCGAUGGAGAUGGAGUUGGAGUUGACCACAACUCUUGCUAUAUGCAAAAGUUCAGGCUCUACGAAACCCGCUCGAAAUUUUAUAUGAUUGGAAGAGACAAAAACAGAACAUAUUGGAGGAUCUUAAAGAUUGACAGAUUGGAGCCAUCUGAACUAAACAUCACUGAAGAUUAUACAGUAUUCUCAGAAAUUGAGUGUUGUGACAUUCUGAGGCGGAUGCAUGAAGGAAACAAGUCAACAGGUGGACUUAAAUUUGUAACUACUUGUUAUGGAAUCAUUGGAUUUGUCAAGUUUCUUGAACCCUACUACAUGCUGCUUAUAACAAAACGAAUGAAGAUUGGCACAAUUUUUGGGCAUCCUAUAUAUGCUAUCACAAAGAAUGAAAUGAUUCCAGUUCCACAUGCUACUGUGCUAUCCAAAAUGGCAUAUUCUAAUGAUGAGAACAGAUACAAGAAGCUUCUAUGCAGUGUGGACCUUACGAAGGACUUCUUCUUCAGCUAUUCAUACAAUGUCAUGCUUAGUCUUCAAAAGAACUUAUCUGAUAAUAUUACACAGGGACAGUUACUAUAUGAGAAUAUGUUUGUUUGGAAUGAGUUCUUGACCCGUGGAAUCAGGAAUACCCUCCAGAAUACUUCCUGGAUAGUUGCCUUGGUAUAUGGCUUUUUUAAACAGGUAAAACUUUCUAUAUCUGACAGGGAGUUCAACUUGACUAUUAUUGCUAGACGCUCACAGCAUUAUGCUGGGACCAGAUAUUUGAAACGUGGAGUGAAUGAAAAGGGUAGAGUAGCUAACGAUGUUGAGACAGAGCAAAUAGUUUUUGCAGAUGCUCAUGAUGGAUGCCCUAUGCAAAUAAGUUCUGUGGUACAGAUUCGUGGUUCAAUCCCUCUUUUUUGGUCUCACGAAACCUCUCGAUUGAAUAUAAAACCUGACAUUAUACUAUCAAAGAAGGACCAUAAUUUUGAAGCUACAAGACUUCAUUUUGAAAAUCUUGUCAAAAGAUAUGGAAAUCCUAUUAUUAUAUUGAACUUAAUUAAGACGCGUGAGAAGAAGCCUCGAGAAACUAUUCUUCGAGCUGAGUUUGCAAAUGCUGUUAGGUCUAUUAAUAAAAUCUUGAGAGGGGAAAAUCGCCUGAGGUUCCUUCACUGGGAUAUGCAUCGACACUCAAGAUGCAGCAAAGCUAUUAAUGUAUUGACACAACUGGGAAAAGUUGCUGGAUAUGCAUUGAAGUUAACUGGCAUCUUCUACUGUCAAGUGACAGCGAGGCAAGAAGGAUUGUUAGAACAUUCCCACUCUGAGUAGGUUCUAUAAC